GCCACGCUACUCCUCACGUCACUGAGUAACAGAAAUAGCAGGCAUGAGUGAAUGAGCAUGAAGAGCGCACGGAUUUCAAACAUACUUGGCUGGGAAGCGCGCUCCCUUCCUGCCGCUGCCGUUCCUGAUACGACGGACCACGGGGAUCUCUCGCUGUCUGCCCAUGAAGGAGGAUUGUCUUUUUUCCUUUCUUUUCUUUUUUUUUAAGUUUCAGCUUUAAUACUAUUAGAAUCGUUUUUAUUUUAUUUCUUGUAGGAAACUUCAUCUGCUGGAUUUAAAAGCAAGUGGAGAAUGCAGAUCUUCCUUGAAUGAGACCCUGCUAAGAAAUGGUUCACCAUCUCCCAGCAGUCACAUUUCUCAGAGCAGAAAGAGCAGAUCUUCAGACCCCUGUGGCAUGAACAAAGCCUCUGGAAUUUAAAGGCCAGGAGGAUGUCUCUAACUGAUGAGCUGGAGACCCACUUUUCUGCAACCCCCUACAUGGUGGCAGACACAAGUGAGGGCAGCCUGUUCAGAAUCAGACCCAAUGUCUCUGCCAAUGCCACCAGCGAUGGCACAGCAGCUGCCGGUUCUGUGGAGGACAUGAUUGCCAUCUGCACCAUCGGGACAAUCCUCUCCCUCAUGUGUGUGAUUGGGGUGACAGGCAAUGUCUACACCUUGUUAGUGAUGUGCCAUUACUUGCGGUCAUCUGCUUCCAUGUAUAUUUACAUCAUCAACCUUGCGCUGGCAGACCUGCUUUACCUUCUCACCAUCCCCUUCAUUGUUGGGACCUACUUCAUUCAGAAAUGGUACUUUGGGGACAUCGGCUGUCGCAUCCUGUUCAGUCUGGACUUCCUCACCAUGCACGCCAGCAUCUUCACCCUCACAGUCAUGAGCACAGAGCGCUACUUUGCUGUGCUGAAGCCUCUGGACACUGUCAAGAGGUCCAAGAGUUACCGAAAGGCUAUUGCUGUUGUUAUCUGGCUGGUGUCACUGCUGCUCACUCUCCCAAUGCUCAUCAUGAUCCAGCUGGUGCAAAGGGACAACAAAAGCAUUUGCCUGCCCACUUGGAGCAAACUGUCCUACAAAGUCUAUCUCACCAUCCUUUUUGGUACCAGCAUCGUGGGACCAGGGGUGAUCAUUGGCUACCUUUACAUCCGAUUAGCUAAGAUAUACUGGGUGUCACAAACAGCAUCCUUCAAGCAGACCAAACGGCUGCCGAAUCAAAAGGUGCUCUAUUUAAUCUUCACAAUAGUGCUGGUGUUCUGGGCUUGCUUCUUGCCUUUCUGGAUAUGGCAGCUCCUCUUCCAAUAUUAUGAAUCCUUCCCUUUAUCUCCCAAGGUAAUGAAGAACAUUAAUUAUCUGACAACCUGCCUGACCUACAGCAACAGCUGUAUCAACCCCUUCCUCUACACCCUGCUCACCAAAAACUACAGGGAGUACCUGAAGAACCGACAGCGGACCCUUAGCAGCAGCAGUGGGUACUUCCAAAGGAGGAAUCGGUUCCAGAGGAUUUCAGGGAGAUCCCUGUCCACAAGCAGUCAGCACUGCACAGAGACAUACGUUCUUGCUCACGCACCAUUGGGAAACAGCAAUGCCUGAAGGUAAAAUAUAUUUCCAAGAACAAUCAAUACUGACUUCCAUGUUGGUUUGAUUUAAAGUGUACAUUGUAAAGGCAAAGCCUUAGCAGAUCCAUAAUGUGCACACAUUUAAUCCAGAGGCUGUGCUGUAUGUCUGUUCCCAUUUUCUUCAGUGCCACCAAUUUGAUGCUAGCAGCAUUCAGCUGAACAUCUACCUAAAUAGUCCUUCGCUUUUUACCUUUGUAUUUUAUAGUGUAUAUCUCCUCAAGUAGCCAUCAAUAAUGAAAGCCUAUAAAAAGGCCAUGUUUUUAACAGUAUCUGCUGUCUCAUGGAGUUUAAAAUGAUGUUAUCCAGUGAAUGGCUGUAGUUUGCUCUUCCUUUAGGUGUAAUGCUAAAUUUGUAGUUGUAUGAGGACUAAAAACAAUGAAAUAAAGACAAAGUAGCUGAUGUUUGUGACAUGCAAUCCAGUUUGGAUUUGGUAUAGGACUGGAAAAUGUGGAUGAGGUAUAUCCAGGGGUGCUUGUCCUGGUUUUGGUUAUAUUGACAUUUUGGUUAUAUUGACAUUUAUUCUACACUGGGCUUGAUUCUCCAUUCAUGCAGGUGUCUGUAGUGGAAUUACACCACGU